AUGGCACGGCAAGUAGUCUGGUUUCUGUUGCUCUUGUCUCUUAGCUCUGUGCUGGCGCAGGUCAGUUACACAAUUCCAGAGGAGAUGGCUAAAGGCUCUUUAGUUGGUAAUAUAGCGAUGGAUUUGGGGUUAGACGUGAAAAGACUCGUUUCAGGCAGAGCUCGUAUAUUCACCGGGGAUAGCGUCGAGUAUAUUGAGCUCAUUAAAGAAAGGGGUGUCCUCUUGAUCAAGGAUAGAAUAGACAGAGAAACGUUAUGUGGCCAGACGACGCCCUGUGCUUUACAUUUUCAGAUUAUUCUGGAAAAUCCAAUCGAAUUCUUCCGUGUUACUGUUGAGAUAACUGAUAUAAACGACAAUGCUCCUGUUUUUAAAAAGGACGAACUUAAAUUUGAAAUAAGUGAAAUAGCGGCAGUAGGGUCGAGAUUUAGCCUGGAGAGAGCUGUAGAUCCAGACGUCGGUAUAAAUAGCCUUCAAAGCUAUACUCUGAAACCGACAGAACAUUUCAGUUUGAAAUUAAAUAGCCAAGCAGAUGGGAGUAAAAAGGUUGAAAUGGUUUUACAGAAACCUCUUGAUAGGGAAAAACAAGAGAAGAUGUCUUUGUUAUUAACUGCGUUGGAUGGGGGUGAACCGCAGAUGUCGGGUACAGUGCAGAUUCAUGUCACGGUGCUAGACGCAAACGACAACAGACCUAUUUUCUCCCAGUCUAUAUAUAAAGUAAGUAUACCUGAGAAUUCGCCAGUGGGAACGUUGUUGACAGUCGUCACGGCAGUGGACAGUGACAAAGACGCCAACGGCUUUGUGUCCUACUCCAUUUCAAGCAGUACUGAUGGAGUAAUUGAACUUGUGACUAUAAAUGAGGAGAAUGGAGAAAUACGUUUAGUUGGACAACUGGACUACGAAAAAGCCAAACAUUACCAGAUCGAUGUUGACGCCAAAGACCAUGGUGGUCUUUCCGAUUCCAGUAAACUCGUUAUUGAUAUACUGGAUGUGAACGAUAAUAAACCACUGAUUAACGUCAUGUCAACAUCCAAGGCAGUGCCUGAAAAUUCAGCACCAGAUACUGUUAUAGCUAUUAUGAGUGUCCAAGACCCAGAUUCAGAGAGAAAUGGGCAGGUUCAGUGCAGUAUUGACGAUAACAUUCCAUUUGUAAUUAGAUCGACAUCAAAUGGAUUUUAUAGUGUAGUUACUGAGAAUGAUUUGGAUCGAGAGACAGAGUCAUCGUAUAAUAUUACUGUAGUAUGUUCUGAUAAUGGAGAGCCGUCUCUCAUGAACAGCCACACUCUAUCUUUACAAGUAUCAGACGUAAAUGAUAACGCACCGGUGUUUGAGAAGAGCUCCUAUGAGGCUUUCGUUAUGGAAAACAACUCUCCGGGCCUCUCUGUAUUCACAGUAAAAGCCAUAGACGCAGACUGGAACCAAAAUGCUAGAAUAUCCUACAUGCUAGAAGAUUCCUCGAUCAAUGGCGUAUCUGUCUCUUCAUACGUAUCCGUUAAUGCUGAGAGCGGAGUUAUCCAUGCGGUUCGCUCUUUUGACUAUGAACAGAGAAAGGAAUUUGUAUUUCGCAUUAAAGCGCAAGACGGGGGCUCCCCUCCUCUCAGUAGCAAUGCUACUGUUAAAAUAUUGGUGCAAGAUCAGAACGAUAACGCACCGCAGGUUUUAUACCCGGUACAGACUAGUGCUUCGGCCAUUGCUGAAAUUGUUCCCCGUUCAGCAGAUGUUGGCUAUCUCGUCACAAAAGUUGUUGCUGUUGAUGUGGACUCAGGUCAAAAUGCCUGGCUGUCUUAUAAACUCUUGAAGGCAACAGACAGGGCGCUGUUUGAAGUUGGUGCACAAAAUGGAGAAAUUAGAACUGUAAGACAAGUCACAGAUAAAGAUGUUGUGAAGCAAAAGCUCACUGUUGUAGUGGAAGACAAUGGCCAGCCGUCUCGUUCAGCAACCGUGAAUGUUAACGUAGCAGUGGCCGACAGCUUCCCCGAAGUGCUCUCGGAGUUCAGCGACUUUACGCACGACAAGGAGUACAAUGACAGCCUGACAUUUUACCUGGUCUUGGCCCUGGCUGUAGUUUCAUUCCUCUUCAUUGUGUCCAUCAUAGCCAUAUUGUCAGUGAAAUGCUACAGAUGGAGACGUGAGAGAAUGUUUUAUAAAUCCAACGGAAAUCUCCCAGUCAUUCCGUAUUACCCACCUCUUUACGCGGACGCGGGUGGCACAGGAACAGUGCAACGUGUUUACAAUUACGAGCUGUACAGAACAACUGACUCGAGAAAGAGUGACAUGAAAUAUGGAGGUCAAAGCACUUUGGACACGAGUGGAUCACAAACACUUCCUCAUAUGCAGAGAGACAGAAUGAGCAUUGAAGACUUAAAUGACCAGGUGGGUCAGUAUGGACUGUAG